GGCUUUUCAGCUGCAGAGACGAGGAUUCCACCUCGGAGGCGGGUGUGCUGUCAGAGCUGCCUGUGGUGCUCGGAUGCGCGCAGGGCUGAAGCUCUUCGGCUGUGUUAAGGCCCCUUAAAUCACUUUAAUGGGACCCCGAGUGUUGGGCAGGAAUUCUGCUGUUUUUUGCUACAGUUGUCGCUUCCCGGCCAUGCCACAAUGCUGGUGAUAGCUCUGCUGCUGUUGCUGAGCCUGUGGGAACCAGUUAGUCCACGGCCCCGCUGCGCUUCGGGCCAGGCUUGCGACCCCCGGCAUCGGAGAGACGCCGGGGGCGGAGGAGUGUAUGAACACCUCGGAGGAGCGCCGAGACGCAGGAAACUUUACUGCGCUACUAAAUAUCAUCUGCAGAUCCAUCCUAACGGCAAAAUAGAUGGCUCGCUGGAUGAAAACAACCCGCUCAGCAUCAUGGAAAUCACAGCAGUGGACGUUGGUGUUGUGGCCAUAAAGGGGCUCUUCUCUGGGAGAUAUCUGGCCAUGAAUGAUAAAGGACGGCUGUAUGCAUCGGAAGUGUUCAACAAAGAGUGUGAGUUUGUGGAGCGAAUCCAUGAGCUGGGGUACAACACCUACGCCUCCCGCCACCACUCCACAGAGCAGACUGCUCCACCGGGAGGUGGCGGCAGCAGCAAGCGCCGGGCCAGCGCCAAGAGACAGUGGUACGUUUCCAUCAACGGCAAAGGGCGGCCACGGCGAGGCUUUAAAACCCGAAGCACGGACAAAGCCUCGCUCUUUCUGCCUAGGGUGCUGGGUAACAAAGACCAUGAGAUGGUGAAGCGGCUGAGGGAGAGUCCGGGGCCACAUCACCAUGCGCAUCACCACAGCCGCCGUGCUGAGCGCCGGAGACGCCGACAUCGCGCUGGGAAAGGCCGGGCCUGACAGCCACACGUGUCGGCAGACAGUUGGAGGACAGUCUGUGAUUUGCCUAAAUAUGGACCUUGAUCCUGCCACAUACUGUAGCUUGACAGCAAUGGAGGAUGUGAAUGAAUGAUUUGCAUUCUUUCUCUGGAUCAGUGGAAGUUUUUGUUCACAGAAGACUUGAAGCGCUGGGGCUCAGACUAAAUGCUCCAGUUUGAGGAGACAUUCACUCGCACACCCCCAGCCUUAGAAUUAGCUGUUUGCUGACUCCAUGCGUCUUCAAACUGCUACCAUCUUGUAAGCAAAGGUGUUCGUAAUUUCACCAUCAACUUUACACAGAAGAAAAACCUUUGAAAUGUGGUUGUGUUUUUGUAAAUACUAUUGGCAUGUACAGCAGCUUUAGAGCUUUUCAUUUAUCAAAAGCUGACAUAACAAAGAGAAUAUCAUAUUUUGCUAUGUUGAAGCGCUACCAAACAAAAAGUACACCGAAGAGCAGACAUCACAGAGAGAGGCACUUUUUCACAGUAUGAAGCAAAGAUCAAAUCAGACUAACUGUGCUCACUAGCUGUAUGGCGUUCUUACAAUGUGAUGGUCUACUGUUUAGAAAGUGAAAUAUUUUACUAAUGCUAUGGAUAUUUAUUUGGUUCCUGUGUUGUAAGUUAUUGAUUUAACUAUUUCAGCAUUAUAGCCAUUGUGCUGUUGUUUCUUAGUGUCCACUCACAGACUGAUUCCAACAUAAAACACAAGGGUACCGAUCCAGUACUUCUAGCAUCUCUUCAUCAGAAAUGUCUCUGAGAAAUGUGUCUUUACACACCUGAGUCUGAUGCAGCUGAUGAAGCUGUGGACACCAUGCAAAUGUUUUGGGUUUAUUUUUAGUUUUUUAUCUCUUCAAAAAUUUUAUUUAUAUAAGAUGUCCUAUUUUUAUAUGUGGAAAACCUAAAAAGCAAAUGUUCGGUUUUAUUGGCCACAGAUCUUUGAAGGCAGCAAUGUGUGAAAUGCACAGCAGGAACUUUAGUUUCUGACAAGUGGUGUAAAACAGCAGGAUAUUUGCCCAGACCCAAGUACCUAACAUUGUUUUGGGGGAUUCUCUUUGAAAUUGAAGCUCGGAUUUGCAUUUCAUUUUUAGCUGUACACACGGCAAUCUGUCCGUCCCUCUCUCCCAGCUGCAGUCUCCGCACGCUGCCGUAACAGGAACAAGUACAACGACUAUGAUCGGUGCAAAUUUUUAUUAAAAGGACUUUUUUAGAUUUUCAGGUUUUAUCACACUUGACUCGCAUCUGUCGGUAGCUACAUAUAAAGCCUUGUCAUUCUAUACCUGUAGGCACGGAAGGUUUCCUGGCCAGGACAAUACCUCCUCCCAGGGGGCCUAGGAAGCAAUGCCGCCUGAGACAUUUAGCCUUUUUUUUAAAGACCAAAAGCUGCAUAGCUGAUAAGCAAGGCUGGCCCUUCUCAGAGCAGAAACUGUGUCAUAGAAAGUGCAACACCUUGCUAUGGUUUGUCAUAAAUGUGAAACUCUAACAUUACUCAUCAGGAACGUUGGGCUUCAGUGAGGUCAGGACCUAUUGUGGCCCCUGCCCCUCCCUGAAUGCUACUUUUAACAAAAGUUAUCUCCUAAAUCUCCUCUGAUGUGUCCUUUCCAUCCAUGUAAAUCUACUAAACUUUAUCAGACAGCCUACAACAGUUGUGUUUAUUUGCAACGUCUACUGGCCUGA